AGCCUUGGUUUAACCGCUGGUCUGAGGAGAAUCAUCUGUUAAAGAAUAUUACAUAAGCAUACUUAACCCAAUUAAUAUAGGAUAGGUUUCCAAAACAAUACAUUUCGAUUGAAAAAAAACAAAACUCUUGCCGUCUCAACACUCUCGCCGUUUCAAACUUCUCGAAUCUCACUCGUCUCCGCCUCUCGAAUCUCUCUCUCAUCUCCAUAUCUCUCGAUCUCCGACGAAAACCCAUCUCCAGAACUCUCUCUCUCUCGAUCUUUUACGCGAGCUCUCUCUAUUCUCCGAGAAAAACCAUUUCUAGAGCUCUAUCUCUUGAAGGUAUGUUGCAGAUUCAACCUUAUGUGUGUUUUCUUUCUGAGAGAUUGGUCUCCUGGUUUUUGCUUGUGUAUAGACUUGCUCGUUUUAACCUAAUAUGAUUCGUAGAAUUCUAGUUCAUGUGAAAGCAUGUGUAUAGACUUCGGGAAGGAUUUGUAUUUUUUUCAGGAAACCCUUCCUGAAAAUUGGAUUUUAAUUAAUUUAGACAAAUAAAAUUUUUCUUGUUUACGCAGGAUAGAAACAAGAUGGGAGAUCCAUUACCAUUAAGACUAGCACUGCCUGAGCUGAGGUAUCCGAUUGGAUCAGAGCCAGAGAAGACGAUAUCGAUAAACCAACACUCGAUAGUUGCUUAUAUCAAAACUGUUAAGGAAAUUCUAGGAAAUGAUGAGUUCAACAGAAUAAGAGGGACGUUUUUGGGACCGGUGAUCAAGCUUGGAGAGAGGUCUUUGAAAUUAUCAGCUAAGAUAGUGCACGCAGUUCUCACCAAAAGCAUCAAGACAGUGAAGAGACACGAAGCAUGGUUCCAUUUUGGUGCUCAGCCAAUGAGGUUCUCUAUAAGAGAAUUCCACAUGGUGACUGGUUUGAAAUGUAGUGGUGAAGCAAGAGAACCACGAGAGGGAACCGAGAAAUUUAAGUGGGACUUCCUAAAAGGGCGUACUCAUACAGUAAAGGACGUGGAGAAGCAGCUCAGAAACACAAGAGAAGAUGCUUCUGAUGAGAGAUUCUGCCUUGCAAUGCUCCUCCUGAUUGAGAGCAUACUACUACAGAAGAGCCUUCUCGACGGUGGCACAACUUUUACUUUGGAUUAUGUGAAAAUAGCGCAGGAUAUGGAUGUCUUGAUGACAUACCCAUGGGGGAGAACAGCUUAUAAUUUGCUGUUAAAAUCACUUCAGAGAGCUGUCGACAAAAGCCUCGACAAAAACAAUUAUGAUUUGCAAGGGUUCCCUAUGGCAUUUCUUAUAUGGAUACUUGAGUCAGUACCUUUGCUACAGUAUGCAUUCAGUCAAGUUGUUCCUAUUCUGAGCGUUCAACCGUCUACCCCAAUAUUUUUGUGUGAGAAGUACCUUCAAAUAGCUUCUCCACAGCUGAUAGAUGUUCUCCUAAUUGAAAUCAAAGAUCAUGUAAGUUUUUACAUUAUUUUUUUCUUGUUUCUGUUUUGCCUUAUGAUUCUCCAUUUAAAAGCUAAUUAUUUUUAUGGUUUCAGCUUAAGGUCACAUGCAUCCUACCUCCUAUUUCUAAUGAUCCAGAAGAUGAUGUUUGCAUGGGAGACGAAGCUAAUAAAGAUCUGGAUGACAUGGCCGAUUUAUCCAAGAGAGGUUAUAAGUUUAAAAUUAGAGAUUGGCGAAACAUGUCAGUAGACCUAUACGGUGCUAAUGAAGAAAUAAGAAGAGCAUCUUUACUGUUUGGGAAUGGAGGGAUGAGUCAAGCUUCUACUUCGUAUCAGGAGGAGUCUUUGGAAUCAAAGAUCAACAGAAUCAGCGAGAUGGUGGGAGAUAAUUUAAGGAUCAUGAACGAUCGUUUGUGUUUGAUUGAAAAAGACAGGAAACAGAUUAAAGAACGUGUGACAAACCUAGAGAAACUACAAAGAGUUACUUCAUAUGAAACUCCAAACAAUGAGACUGACACAACUCCAUUUCAUGAGACGGCUUCCAGACAAGGUGAAGCCAAUGCAGAUCAAGCAGAUGAACAACUUAACAAUGAGGAUACACGAGAGCCUAUGAAUGAGAUCACGAAAGAGACACCUGGUUCUCCAAUAGCUCAACAGAAUAUUGAGACUCCAGUCCUUACUCCAAUUCAGACGCAGCAGGAGACUCACGAGCUUAUGAAUGAGAUCAUUUCACCAAACAUUUCCGACACACAGCCAAAUACCCGAGCUCGCAGAAAUCUUUUAACAGAGCAAAAUAAGGAUGUAGAAAGCAGAGUUCAAAAUCCCUUUGAGAUCGGAGCAAAUGUGGAGAUUUCAUCACAAGAUGACAAUACUUGUCAUAAAUGGUAUCCAGGAAAUGUGUUGGCAACAUAUUUGGUUGAUGGGGUUGAGAUGGUGAAAGUUGAGUACUUCGUCCCGUCUCUGGACGAAAAGAAGAGGAAAAGGAGUGUUGAGACACGUGUAUCAAUUGACAGAAUACGUCCUCAACCACCACCUGAGAGAUCUGGAGCGAAGAAAAGUUAUGAGCUAAUGCAGGACGUGGAGGCGUUCGACAAUGGUGCCUGGUGCGCUGGAAAAGUUAAAGUCAUUUUGUUUGAUGGCUCGUGUUUUGUCUCUUUGAACAAUUCUAAAGAACAAAUUUACUUCCACCAUUCUGAGAUGCGAAAACCAAGAAAAUGGGUAGAUGGUGUUUGGGAGAUGACAAAAAAGGUAAAACAAAUGCCUUGGAUCACUUGAAUUGAAAAAUAAUGUCAUUUGUUUAAUAUCUCGGUAUUGAUUUUCAGAUGGAAGAG